GGCAGUAGUGGUGGAGACAGCGUGCGGAUGGCUGCAGAGUCCGGGCGUUCUUGGGCUCAGGCGCGCAACGCGUAUGGCGCGAGUGAAGCGCUGAAACAAGGCGCUGGCCGCCGGCGGGACCCAGGGUCGCAGCCCAAUGGGCCAGUCUCUGAAGUCGUUCGAGUCCCAGGCCGCCUGGCUCGUUUGCGCGGCCAGCUCCGAGCCCAAGCUGCGGCACGGGCCGAGGCACCGCGACUACUACGGCUGGUGGAGCGCGCUGGGGCCGGGGCUGCGGGGACCGGAGCCGGAGCCGGGGGGACUGGCGAGAGGAUCGAAGCGCGCAGCAGUGGUUCAGUGUGUUCCGUGUGCGGGGAGCCGCGCGGUGGGGCCACCUACCCGGCCGGCGUCCUUGAAGUGAGCGAGCGGCGGCUGCAGGAGGGCCUGGCGGCAGUGCGGGCGGAGCUGAGUACCGGGCUGGAGGCGCUGCGCGCUGAGCUUCGGGCGGAGCUGGACGCCCUGCGAGCGCUGCUGCCGCCGCCACGGUCACCACCACCCGCCCGCCGCGAGCCCCGUGCUGUCCCGCGGGCAGGAUCCCGAGCCCCAGCCCUGCUGCGGGCGCUAGGCACUGUGAACGCCUUGGUUGUGGCUUCCAGGCCGACCAACGACUUCCCCGAUGGCGCUGCGGAAGACCGAAUUCCUGCCCGAAAGAACCACAAGAAAACUCCCGCGCAGCCAGCGGCCCCUCAAGGUGGCGGAGAUUGAGGGCGUCCGCACCUGAGGGCGGCCCAGGGAAGUGCAGGAAUCGCCUCUAGCCGAAGGAGGCCAAGGGAGAAGGCAGAGCCUCCAUGCACUGAAAUAGAGUCCCCUACACACACCACUAUGCAAUAGACUCCAAGGACACCUGGAUGGUUAAGACAUUGUGACCUGGACAGUACCACUGAGAAAAAUGUACUAUUUAUCUGUCAUUUAUCAUUUAUCUAUCUAUCAUCUAUUUCCUCCACAUUCCCACAUAUCAACUGGACAGCAUCCUGACUCUGGCUAGCCUUGCUCCACUAACAACCAGGCCCUGUCUUACUGGAUAGCAUCACUUGGAUAAUCUCAUCCAGUCAGUAUCGCUUGGACUCAGCUUUGCUUUGGACAGAGACACCAAGGACACUUACCCCUCACUUAGUCUAGCCACAGUUGCCUGGACACUAUUGUCUCUCUAGAAAAUGUCACCCUACAAUCAAGACUCCAUAGUCUAACUUUAGAGAGUGUCACCAGUGUGAGGCUUCAUGGUGGCCAGACAACUCUUUACUAGUUUUUAUGUCACCAGGAUCCACCAAACCAUUCCAGCUACAGCAGAACCUGGAACCAGCAAUUUCUUACCUACUGGUCUUGGGAAACCUCAGCUGGGGUUAUCAUUUAACUGGGUACAGUGUUCUCAGGUUGAUCACCCAGAUUGAAUUUUAAUAAAAUGUGUAAUCUUGGCUAAAA